GUGUAAACCACAUAGAAUGUGGAACUCCUGUGUAGACAGAAAAGAUGGCUGCCAUAUCUCUUGAAUCCAGUAAUGAAUUUCUUGGCACUCUCGAUCUACCAGUCAAUCAACCUGUUGUUUAUACUGAGGAGCCUAAUUUCACCAGAUGGCGAUGCUAUAAAGUAAGGUACAGAUUUAGGUGGAUUACUUUAAAAGGUGCUGCUUACCUAAUUUUGCUGUGGACAUUUCUUGUUAGUAUUGGUUUUGGCUCUUUGGAUAACCUGUUCACAGCAUUUCUAACAGUGUUUGAAAAUAGAGAGCAUCUUAAUCCGGUUAAUUAUGUUAUCUUUCUGCCCUAUGUUUCAUGGUUUGUGUUUUCAUUACUGUCUGGAUGGAUAGCUGAUACUAAGUGUGGGAACUUCACUAUGGUGAGAGCUGGUGUUUUGAUUUACUUUGUAGCGUCAAUAAUGGCUUCUAUACUCCAACUUUGCGUCGAUUCACCCAUUGCCGAAGAUCUUGUGUAUGCUCCAUCUUCAAUUUUGUUAACAUUGAUUCAUUUUGUGGGUUUUGCUGGUCGAGCCAUGAUUUUGGUAACUUCAGUGCAGUUAGGUCUUGAUCAAAUGCCAGAUGCAUCUUCGGCUAAUGUAGCUAGUUACGUUGUAUGGUUUGUGGCUUGUCUCUAUGCUGGGAACUGGAUCAACUCGUUAUUUAAGAGAGUUCUAACCGACUGCUGGGCAGGCGAGGGAAAUACCCCUUUGCAAGUCAUGUCUCUGGUGUCAGUAGUUUCGUUAUGCAUUGUGUUGUGCUCCGAUUUUUUGCUUUCGAAUAAGUUGCUUAUUUUAGAAAACAAGCGUCCUCAAUCUUUCCAAAUAAUCUUCAAAGUUCUCAAGUUUGCUAAAAAGCACAAGGCUCCCCUCAAUCGCAGUGCUCUCACUUACUACGAAGAUGCUAUACCCUCUAGAAUUGACUUGGGUAAAUCGAGAUAUGGAGGUCCGUUUACGACUGAGGAAGUUGAAAAUGUUAAAACUGUUUUGCGAAUGCUUGCUCUCAGUGUGUCCUUCGGCUUUAUUUUCACUUCAUACUAUCUUUUUCAGCAGUUUGCGUAUGUGAAAGACUUCGAAUCUACUAUAUUGGCUUCCCAAAAUUGUACAGAUGUCAUGAUCAGGUCAUUCUCCUAUGAAACGUCUCUCUGGGUGGUUGGUUUUAUAGCAAUCUAUGAGUUUCUCAUUUAUCCAUUUGCAGUGCCCAUUAUACCUUCCAUUUUGAAGAAAAUCGGAUUUGCCUCAUUUCUUACGAUAGUUGUAAAUGGUAUCUCAUUAGUGGUCUCAGGUCUAGACUAUAACAAAGAGCUAACUGAUCCUUACGACUCGGACUGGUUUUGGAUCAUGCAUUCUCUGAUCUCAGCCCCUCUAAAAGUGAUCCUGCUAACUUCUGCCAUUGAGUUUGUCUGUGCACAAUCUCCACACCAAAUGAAAGGGCUUAUGAUUGGCUAUAUGUGGUCAAACUACUAUAUGUCAAACAUUGUUGCUAACGUUCUAGCAGGGGUAUUCCACACAGUGUGUUCUGACCCUCGGUAUUGUUCGAUUGCCUACAGCUCGAUGGCAACUCUCUGUAGUGUCACUGGUUUCGUAUUGUUGGGAAUAUUGAGCCGCUGGUACAAGAUGAGAGUGAGAGAUGAUAUAGCUACUCCACACAGGUGGGUGGAAGAUGCCUAUGAAAAGUAUCUCGCUUCCGACAAUCAAAACAAUUAACGGUAUAAUGUGUGUACUUAUAUGUUUAAUGACAUUGUGUAAAAUAGAUCUAAUGCCAUUAUACGUUGUGGCUUAAUAAUUGACAUUGUGUAAAAUAGAUCUAAUAAUUAUCAGUGUGUUGUGGCUCUGUUUAUUGGCUCUGUUUAUUUAUAGACAAGGUGUGUAGUCUGACAUUUGUAGUCUGAAAAUGUUUGUUUUCUUGUAAGAAAUAAUCUUUUGUGUUGUCCUUUUG